GCCUGCAAGGGAGUUAAAACAAAUUAACAAAACCAGAACCAACUGCGAUUCUUUCCGAUUGGCUAAAACCAGCUCAAUUGCGCCCCAAAGGAUUUAAACAUCCCCCCAAAACCCGCAUCGCGGCAUUGCCAGUUGCACGCGAGCCUUAUCACUGACAUUGACAACUGCCACGACAGGGGUUUGUUGUUGAUUCAGAACCUAGUUUGGGGGUGGAAACAAAGAAAAAAACCCAGUCUAGUGAUGACGAUUUGCCGCUAAUCCCCAGCCGUAGGGUCGCAGUCCAUUCGUUUAUAUGCGGUGUGCGUGGACGCAGCGCUUGAUCAGACGACGCCCCAGAAUGAGUGGCGUGGACGAGCUGCCGUGGGGCGUGCGCGCCAUCCGGCACCUGGCCAGCCGCUGUUGCCCCAACCGGCUGCACUUCAACCGGGAGGUUUGCUAUCGCAGCAGCGUCGUCCUGUUGACUUAUGUCGCCUACAUGUCCUACCACAUGUCGCGCAAGCCCAUUUCCGUGGUCAAGGCGGUGCUGCACCGGAACUGCAGCGCGUUGGCGCCCCCCGCGCCCGACGCGCCCCACAACUGGUGCGAUUGGGCGCCGUUUGAUGGGAGCGACAGCAAGUCUUCGCAGCUGCUGGGCGAGCUGGACUCGGCCUUCCUGUUCAGCUACGCCGCUGCUAUGUUCGCUUCCGGGUUCGUAGCUGAGCGCGUCAAUCUGCGCUACUUCCUCAGCCUGGGCAUGCUCUGCUCGGGCAUUUUCAGCUACAUGUUCGGCAUCGGCAAGACCUACCAGGUGCACAACAUCUGGUUCUACAUCGUGGCGCAGGCGCUGGCGGGCGUGGCCCAGACCACAGGCUGGCCGGGCGUGGUCACCGUGAUGACCAACUGGUUCGGCAAGGGCAAGCGCGGCCUGAUCUUCGGCCUGUGGAACUCGCACACCAGCAUCGGCAACAUCCUGGGCUCGGUGAUCGCCGCCCACUACGUGGAAACUGAUUGGGCGCUGUCCUUCAUCGUGCCGGGGCUCAUCAUCGGCCUGCUGGGCUUCGCCCUCUUUCUCUUCCUGGUGGUGCGGCCCAGUGACGUCGGGAUCAAUCCGUGCCAGGAGCGGGCUUUCCGGCCGCUCCACAACCAGGUGGCCAACAUGGAGGCCGGCUCCAGCAACUCGGAGGUGGACGACUCGGAUAUCACGAUAGGCGAGCAUGAGGUGCUUCGGCGGGGCGUCAACGAGCGCUCGCGCCUGCUCGGGGACGGCGGCGACGACAAGCAGGAUCAAGAUCAAGCCAUCGGAUUCGCCGGCGCCCUCAAAAUCCCCGGGGUGAUUGAGUUCUCCUUGACGCUGUUCUUCGCCAAGCUGGUCAGCUACACGUUCCUCUACUGGCUGCCUUUGUACGUCAACGCCUCUACCACAAUGGGGGCCACGCUGAGCGCCGACUUGUCCACCCUGUUCGAUGUGGGCGGCAUCGUGGGCGCCAUCGUAGCGGGCGUGGUCAGCGACCGGACGGAAAUGCCCGCCUUCACCUGCGUCGUCAUGUUCCUGCUCUCCGCCCCCAUGAUGUUCAUCUACCAGCGCCUGAGCGUGAUGGGGCUCGGCGUCAACAUGCUGAUGCUCGUGCUAGUGGGGCUGCUAGUCAACGGGCCGUAUGCGCUCAUCACGACGGCCGUGUCCGCUGAGCUGGGCACCCACCACAGUCUCGAGGGCAACUCCAAGGCUCUGGCCACUGUCACCGCCAUCAUCGACGGCACCGGCUCCAUAGGCGCCGCCGUCGGCCCCCUGCUGGCCGGCUUCGCGUCCACCCGCGGCUGGCAUCUGGUGUUCGACAUGCUCAUCCUGUCUGAUCUCGUCGCCCUUUUGCUGCUUUUGCGGCUCGCCAAGCACGAAGUGGCGCGCUUCAGGCACAGACGCGAGUAGCGCCGCCCCAAUCCCCAUGUACAUACCAUAAGGACCCCCAUUCGAGUAAUAAACGACUAUUUUUAA